GAAGGAGCCGUAGGGGUAAAACUGAGAAGAAAACCCUUUCGUCCAAGUCGCUUCGGUUACCGGUCCCUCGUGAGUCCAAGGAGCAGGAGAAGUCCUCUUCGUCUACUAUGCUUUGACGCGCGCCGGGAACUCUGAUCUGUAUUUCUCUCAUCGAGCUCCAGCAUGGCACCGGGCUCGGACAUGGAGGCGGUCAAGAGGGCGAAGGUGCUGAUGGUGGGGGCGGGCGGGAUCGGCUGCGAGCUGCUCAAGACGCUUGCUUUGUCGGGCUUCGAAGAUAUACACAUCAUUGACAUGGACACAAUUGAAGUGAGCAAUCUAAAUAGGCAAUUUUUGUUCCGCCAGUGUCAUGUGGGCCAAUCAAAGGCUAAGGUUGCUCGAGAUGCUGUCCUUAAAUUUAGGCCUCACAUAAACAUAAAACCAUACCAUGCAAAUGUCAAAAAUCCUGAGUUCAAUAUUGAAUUUUUCAAGCAAUUUAGUGUGGUCGUGAAUGGACUUGAUAACUUAGAUGCCCGAAGACAUGUCAAUCGUCUAUGCUUAGCUGCGGAGGUCCCUUUAAUUGAAAGUGGAACAACUGGUUUUUUAGGGCAGGUAACUGUCCAUGUCAAAGGUAAAACAGAAUGCUACGAGUGUCAGGGAAAACCAACUCCAAAGACGUAUCCUGUUUGCACUAUAACUAAUACUCCUUCAAAGUUUGUUCAUUGUGUUGUCUGGGCAAAGGACUUGCUAUUUGCAAAGUUGUUUGGCGAUAGAAGUCAGGAGAAUGAUUUGAAUGUUCAGUCUAGUGAUAGUGUCGAUGCAUCAAAAAAUACUGAAGAUGUAUUUGAGCGAAAUCCAGAUGAGGAUCUUGAAAACUAUGGUCAGAGAAUAUAUGAUCAUGUUUUUGGAUAUAAUAUUGAACUCGCACUAUCUAAUGAGGAGACAUGGAGACAGAGAGAGAAACCUAGGCCUAUCUAUAUAAAUGACGUUCUCCCAGAAAAGUCUUUUCAGAAGAAUGGAUACUUGGAGAACAGUAUAGAUGUGAACAUGGCAAUCUCUGCAAUGCCAGCUCUUGGUCUUAAAAGUCCACAAGAUAUAUGGAGUCUUGCAGAAAAUACAAAAGUGUUUUUGGAGGCUUUAAGUCUAUUUAUUAAGAAACGGGUUAAGGAUAUUGGGAACCUCAUGUUCGACAAAGAUGACCAGUUAGCCGUAGAAUUUGUGACUGCUGCGGCAAAUAUCAGGGCAUCUUCUUUUGGAAUUCCCAUGCACAGCCUUUUUGAAACAAAAGGUAUUGCAGGGAACAUUGUUCAUGCUGUUGCAACGACAAAUGCCAUUAUUGCUGGUCUUAUAGUUAUUGAAGCAAUUAAGGUUCUUCAGGGUGAUUUUAACAACUAUAGGAUGACAUAUUGUCUAGAGUUUCCAAAGAGAAAGAUGCUUUUGAUGCCUAUUGAGCCAUUUGAAGCUAAUAAAUCAUGUUAUGUGUGUUCUGAGACACCUCUCAUUCUGGAGAUUAACACCAGAACAUCAAAAUUGCGAGACUUUGUUGAGAAGAUUGUGAGAAACAAACUAGGCAUGAAUCUGCCCUUGAUAAUGCAUGGAGCAAAUCUUAUUUUCGAGGAUGGUGAUGAUAUAGAGGAAGAUGUUGCCUCUAACUAUGCUCGUAACCUAGACAAGGUCUUAGCUGAACUUCCUUCUCCAGUUACAAGUGGAACAGUUCUCACAGUUGAGGAUCUUCAGCAAGAGUUGACGUGCAAUAUUAUCAUCAAACACAGGGAAGAGUUCAAUGAGGAAAAAGAACCUGAUGGGAUGGUUCUGUCUGGAUGGACAGAACGUGCUAAUGAUAAGCAGUCAAGCAAUGGUGAAAGCACAUCAAGUGUACUGACCAAUGGGCCCUAUGUGGCUUCAGGAAAACCACUUGUCAGUGGUACAAAGAGAAAACUAUCUGAAAUGGAAGAAGCUUCUGACAACUCUUGCAACCCUUCUUCAAAAUCUAACUCCGCUGAUCGAGAAAAUCCUCAGCAGGUCGACGACAAUGAUGUUUUGGAUGAUCUUGUCAUACUGGAGGUUCCACCUGAAGUUCCCAAGAAAAAAAAGGUCAAGUGCUUUGUCACAUUGAGGAAAGCAUUCACAUAUCUCAUGUCGGCUCUUCAGGUGAAGCGUUGGAGUCAUUUUAGUGUAUAUCUUUUGUAGCUCUUAUUUCCAGAACGCCCGUUAACUAACUUUUUUUUUUCCUUUUUUUUGUAAUGUUCUGUUUACCGGUCAAAUCUCAUGUAAUGACUAGCUGUUUUUUUUUUUUUUUUAAUGAAUGCAUUUUAGA